AUGACGGUCCUCGUGGCCCUGGCCGAGUUCGCCCAGCUGCGGGCGCUGGCGCGGCUCCGCAGCACCGGGCGCGCGGGCAAAGCGGCGGUCCAAAGUCUCCUGAGCGCCAGCCGAGUGGCCACCAUGUGCUCCUGGAGGGAAGCGAUUUGGGUGUCUCCUAUUCCAGUUCUAGAGCGCUUGGCAGAGGCGCUGGUGGCGCCGCCCUUGGCGUUGGAGGCCCGCAACGCGCUGCUGGACGCCUUGAGCGAGGUGGCGCAAAAGCAGAACUUGUGUCGCCUCCGCGUGCGCUGA